AUGUCUCGAGUGUUUCCUAAGAUCACUAAGUGUACAUUCCGAAAAUACGGUCCAACUGGGUCUAUACAGAAAUUUGACGGUAUGUGCGUAUUGUCACAAAACAUUGUGAACGAAAAAAUGUACGUAUUCUUAUGGUUCUGGUUCUGGUUCAUUGCCAUAAUCAGCGCAUUAAACUUUGUGUAUCGUCUACUUCUCAUCAUGGUACCAUAUUUCCGUUUAUUAUUAUUGAGAUCAAGAACUGAUUCUUUUUCUUAUGAGAAAUUGAAUACAUUAACUCAGAAGUUUUGGUUUGGUGAUUGGUUUGUCUUUAAUCAAUUGGCCCAAAACAUCAGCCCCAUGGUUUUCAGGGAGAUUGUAUCAGAACUGACCAAGAAGUUUGAGGGAAAAGAUAAUGUAUAA